AUGUCGUAUUAUCUCGCAAUUGUCGGUACAAAAGACAACCCAAUCUUUCAGAUGGAGUUUGGCUCUUGGAGAGGAGGAGGCGACGGUGUUCCUCGGUUCCGAGAAGACAUCCGCCAUAUGAAUCAGUUCAUCGUUCAUUCAGCAUUGGAUAUCGUAGAAGAAGUACAAUGGACCUCAUCAUCCUGCUACAUGAAGAACAUCGACCAUUUCAACAACUCAAACAUCUCUGUCUUCCUCACCGCAGGAAACAUCAAGAUUAUGCUGCUACACGACAGCAAGCAGGACGAUGCAAUUCGUGCAUUCUUCCAGGAGGUUUAUGACUUGUACGUCAAGUGUCUGUUGAACCCAUUCUACACGGUGGACGCACCAAUUACAAGUCCGGCAUUUGAGGUGAAGGUUAGGGCCGCUGCCCGGAAGUAUCUGUGAUGGAAGCAUGGGACAGGGGCAUUACAAGGCGUUCGUUUUCUCUCAGUUGUUGAUACCCAAGGACAUACCGCUAUCUACUUUGCCGUUUCUCCCUGCGUUGCUGGUGGUCUGUCCCCUAUCAGUCCCCAUACAUACUUCUCGUUAUAAUGGCACUCACAGGUUAGCAACUUCGCCCCUCCACUUCACUCCGCACACUUCACAGAUACUCAUUGCAAUGCUUCUCACCGCAUCGAUCUCUUCUCUUGUUGCCCCCUGGUUGAGGCCACCACGGAGAUGUCCUUUCAAUUGUGGAUUUACGUCCUGCGGAAUCAGGGAAGAGAUGAGGACGUACGACGUCUCUUUGGCCG